AGUUUAACAAAAAUUUCAAAAAUCAAUCCAGCUCACAUAUCAAUUCAAUUUUUAAUAAAUUGAAAUGAAUUAGAUUGAAAUAAUAUAAACGAAUAAAUAAUCGGAUCAAUAAUCAUUUUUAAGCUUAAACGGAUUGAGUUUCAUUUUGGUUUAUUUUGCCCUCAAACCUCAAUAGAGUGUGUGUUUUUACAAUGGCGGGAACUUUUGGCGCUAUUCCACAUUUCAUGGUCAAUACCCCCAGCCCUUUUAUAAACCUCCACAUCCAACUUCCCCCACAAUCCUGAAAACCCUUUUUAAAAAUCUCACAAAAAUGGCUGCAAAUGGCAUCGCUUCCUCUGCUUUCUUCUUCCGCGUUAAAAAGCUCUCCGAUAAGGCUGUUUUGCCUUCCAGAGGCUCCCCUUUUUCUGCUGGCUAUGAUCUCUCCAGUGCAACGGAGACGAAAGUGCCUGCCAGGGGAAAAGCUCUAGUACCAACAGAUCUUAGUAUUGCCGUUCCUCAAGGAACAUAUGCCCGCAUUGCUCCAAGAUCAGGAUUGACCUGGAAGCAUUCUAUAGACGUUGGGGCAGGUGUGGUUGAUGCUGACUACAGGGGACCAGUUGGUGUUAUACUUUUCAACCAUUCUGAUGUUGAUUUUGAAGUCAAAAUUGGUGACAGAAUAGCUCAGUUGAUCAUUGAGAAAAUCAUCGUGCCAGAGGUUGAGGUGGUUGAUGAUCUAGACUCGACGGUCAGGGGCUCUGGAGGCUUUGGAUCAACUGGUGUUUGAAAACUUUGGCUUUAGUUAGAAUCAUAUUGGUCACACUAUGUUUACUAGGAUGUUCUGGAUAUGUAAAUUUUGCUGCUGCGCUUGGCUUGGUGCUUUAUGCUCUAUCAAUGUUGAACUCAGUAUUUCCUAAGUGAUAGUAUUUGUUUUAGUAUGCUUUUUACCAUUGAAAAUUAAAAUUUUUGGGAGUUGGAGUUUGA